GAUCAGACGCGCCAACCGAAACACAAACUGGGCACGUCGCUACUCGUUCUUCUCAAUUUUUUUUUUUCUUCUAAAAUUGCCACUUUAAGCAGUAGUGACCAUAUCGUUAGCACGAAAACAUUACUACGCUGUAAUAACCAUCACAGCACGCUGAUCAGACGCGAAAACCGAAAUACAAACUGGGCACGUCGGUUCGCGACUUCGGGUGCAUUGGUUCCUCGAACCAACGGCGCCAUCCCGAUCGCGGAAACCAUCACGCGUUCAAACAUGGCGGAACCACCGGCGGAAAAGCGACGUAAACUCCACGACGGCGCGGACAAGAAGGACAAGCAAGCGAUCGUCGUCCUCAGCAAGCCCGGAUCGGGGAGGCGGAGGAACUGCCCGUACCUGGACACGAUCAACCGAAAUGUGCUCGACUUCGACUUUGAAAAGCUUUGCUCGGUGUCCUUGUCCAAAAUCAACGUGUACGCCUGCCUGGUCUGCGGGAAAUACUUCCAGGGCCGCGGCACGAACACCCACGCGUAUACGCACAGCGUGCAGGUGAGCCACCAUGUGUUCCUGAACCUGCAGACCCUGCGCUUCUACUGCCUGCCGGACAACUACGAGAUUGUGGACUCCUCCCUGGACGACAUCACAUACGUGCUGCGGCCAACCUUCACCAAGGGCGACAUCAUCCGCCUGGACCUGAGCGACCGGCUGUCCAGGGCCUACGACGGCACCACCUACCUGCCGGGCAUCGUGGGCCUCAACAACAUCAAGGCCAAUGACUACUGCAACGUCGUGCUGCAGGCGCUGUCACAUGUGCCGCCGCUGCGCAACUACUUCCUGCGGGAGGAGAACUAUGCGGCGCUCAAGAGGCCCCCCGGGGACAUCACAUCGCUGAUCGUUCAGCGCUUCGGCGAACUCAUACGCAAGCUCUGGAACCCGCGCAACUUUAAGGCGCACGUGAGCCCGCACGAGAUGCUGCAGGCGGUGGUGCUGUGCAGCAAGAAGCGCUUCCAGAUCACAGAGCAGGGGGACCCCAUCGACUUCCUCUCCUGGUUCCUCAACAGCCUGCACCUGGCCCUCAACGGGACGCAGAAGCGCUCCUCCAGUAUCGUCUACAAGACCUUCCGCGGGGGUAUGAACAUCUACUCCCGCAAGGUGGUUCCAGUAGAGCACACGGAGGCGGAGCGACGGGCCGCACUCCGCACGGCGGAGUACCAGGAGAAGGUGGAGAACACGGGGUUCAUGUACCUCACGGCCGACCUCCCCGCACAGCCGCUCUUCAAGGACGAGCUCCGCGAGAACAUCAUCCCACAGGUGCCCCUGUUCACGAUCCUGUCCAAGUUCAACGGCACCAGCGAGAAGGAGUACCGCACCUACAAGGACUCGACACUCAAGCGGUUCCAGCUGACCUCCCUGCCCCCGUACCUGAUCCUGUACAUUAAGCGCUUCACCAAGAACACCUUUUUUGUCGAGAAGAACCCCACCAUCGUCAACUUCCCCAUCAAGGACGUCGACCUGGGCGAGCUGGUGGCGGGGGCGGAGGGCGACGACACCUACGUCUACGAUCUCAUCGCCAACGUGGUGCACGAGGGCGAGCCUGGCUCGGGGAAGGGCACCUACAGGGCGCACCUGCUACACCGGGGUUCGGGCAAGUGGUACGAGAUGCAGGAUCUGCACGUGACGGAGAUCCUGCCCCAGAUGAUCACCCUCUCCGAGGCCUACAUCCAGAUUUGGGAGCGGCGCCGCAAAGGGGUGGCGAGGGGCGUCGACAUAUGAGCCUCGGCGACGCCGCGCAAUAAUAAAGGGUUUGCUUUUCGUGU